GACGCGCGCGACUGUGAGAGGAGUGGAGGAGCGUGUGUGGGCGUCGGGAGGGCGGCCGAGGUCUGAGGCGCCGGGGGCAGGAGGUGGGCCGAGAGGCUGCCUUGUCAGGGAGAGGCGGACGGGACGGCGCUGCCCGUGGAGUGUGUGUGGUUCCUGAGGGACCCUGUUUCUUGGCUGUUGACUGACGUGUGGGAUACAAGCGAAGCUGAAAUCUAGAAAGAUGAGCUCCAGCAUGGCCACAGGUGAACCAGUGCUGAACUGGGAUGAUUCACCCAAAAACGGCCUUAAGACAUUUUUCUCUCGGGAAAAUUAUAAAGAGCAUUCGAUGGCUCCAAGUUUGAAGGAACUGCGUGUUUUGUCUAGCAGACGUGUAGGAGAAAAUUUGAAUGCCUCAGCAAGUUCUGUAGAAAAUGAGCCGGCAGUUAGUUCAGCAACUCAAGCAAAGGAAAAAGUUAAAACCACAGUUGGAAUGGUUCUUCUUCCAAAACCAAGAGUGCCUUAUCCUCGUUUCUCUCGUUUCUCACAGAGAGAGCAGAGGACUUAUGUGGACUUGUUGGUUAAAUACGCAAAUAUUCCAAAUUCUAAAGCUGUUGGAAUAAAUAAAAGUGACUACUUGCAGUACUUGGAUAUGAAAAAACAUGUGAAUGAAGAAGUUACUGAAUUCCUAAAGUUUUUGCAGAAUUCCGCAAAGAAGUGUGCCCAAGAUUAUAACAUGCUUUCUGAUGAUGCGCGCCACUUUACUGAGCAAAUUUUAAGAGCUUGUAUUGAACAAGUGAAAAAGUAUCCGGAGUUUUACACCCUUUAUGAAGUCACCAGCUUGAUGGGAUUCUUCCCAUUCAGUACAGAGAUGGGCUUGAAGUUAGAAAAAACUCUACUUGUGUUGGGCAAUGUAAAAUUUGUGAAAACAGUAUUUCCUUCAAUGCCUGCAAAGUUGCAACUCUCAAAAGAUGAUCCUACAAUUGAAACACCAGAAAAAACAGCGGAAGCUAUGCAUUAUGAUAUCAGUAAUGAUCCAAAUGCAGAGAAACUUGUCGCAAGAUACCAACCUCAUAUAGCUCUAACAAGUCAAUCAUUGUUUACUUUAUUAAAUAAUCAUGGACCAGACUACAAGGAGCAGUGGGAAAUUCCAGUGUGUAUUCAACUAAUACCUGUUGCAGGGUCAAAACCUGUUAAAAUAAUUUAUAUCAAUUCACCACUUCCCCGGAAAAAAAUGACAAUGAGAGAGAGAAAUCAAAUGUUCCAUGAAGUUCCAUUAAAAUGCAUGAUGGCCAAAGCCACAUCUGUUCCAGUCUCUGCAGUGUUUAUGGACAGACCUGAAGAGAGUGCAUCUGAAAUAGACAUGUCCAGUGAAGUUAAUGAUUGCCGGAAAAUUGAGUCUCUUGAAAAUUUGGAUCUGGGUUUUGAUGAUGAUGUUACAGAACUUGAAACUUUUGGAGUAACCACCAGCAAAUCAUCCAAAUCACCAAGUCCAGCAAAUAAUUCUACAGAGCUCAACAGGUCAGAUACUCCCGCAGCCCCCAAAGUAGCAGCCACACCUGUGACGCCAACUGUACCAGAUGUCGCAGCUAAUUCCAGAAGUUUGUCUCAGAUUCUGAUGGAACAACUGCAGAAGGAGAAACAGCUGGUCACUGGUGUGCAUGAGGGCCCAGAGGAAUGCAGAAGUAAAGAUGAUCUGGAAUUGGCAGCAUGUGGUAAAAAUAUAUCAAAGUCUGACAGGUCUUUGAUGAAAGAGAGUGACUUGAAAACAUCUGAAGCUGUGCAACUGGAAUGUCUUAAGGAAACUGAAAGCUCUAAUAAAAAUGAUGCAGCUAGAGAUGAGAUGCAUGCUGACAGCAAGAAACUACAUGUUCAGCAGAGUGCAGAUGCUUUAAAGGAUAAGACAUCAGAGGCAGACAAAACUGGAAGUGAAAAUCUGUCCAGUAGUGAUACCGAUGAGGACUGCUUAAUCAUUGAUACAGAGUGUGAGAAUACCAGCACUGGAAAGAUGGCAGCUGCGGAUUCUAAUUUAAGUACCAGACCAGCUAGCCCAAAUUCUUCCUCAGUACCAGCUGCUGUGGCAUGCCAGACUAGUACUACCUGUGCUCCUGAGGAGUCCUGUAUUUUGAAAAAGCCCAUCAAACGGGUAUAUAAAAAAUUUGAUCCAGUUGGAGAGAUUUUAAAAAUGCAGGAUGAGCUCUUAAAGCCAAUUUCUAAAAAGGUACCUGAGAUGCCGUUAAUGAAUUUAGAAAAUUCUAAACAGUUUGUUCCUGAGCAAUCUUCAGCUCCUCUAGAUGCCUGUAGUUGGCCAAAAUCUGGGUGGACUUCUGCGUUUCAGAAACCAAAAGGACGGUUGCCAUAUGAACUUCAGGACUAUGUUGAAGAUACGUCGGAAUAUACGGCUCCCCAGGAAGGAAAUUUUGUUUAUAAGUUAUUUAGUCUGCAAGACCUGUUAUUACUCGUGCGUUGCAGUGUCCAGAGGAUAGAGACAAGACCACGUUCUAAAAAAUGGAAGAAAAUCAGAAGACAAUCUCCAGUUUAUGUGCUCCCAAAGGUAGAAUAUCAAGGUUGUUAUGGAGUUGAAGCUCUGACUGAAAGUGAACUUUGUCGCUUAUGGACUGAAAGUUUAUUGCAUUCAAACAGCUCAUUUUACGUUGGACACAUUGAUGCAUUUACUUCAAAACUUUUCCUGCUAGAAGAAAUUUCCUCAGAAGAAUUAAAAGAAAAGCUAUCAGCACUCAAGAUUUCAAGUUUACUUAACAUUCUGCAGCACAUUCUGAAGAAAUUAAGCAGCUUGCAGGAGGGUUCCUACUUGUUGUCGCAUGCCGCAGAAGAUUCUUCACUCCUGAUCUACAAGGCUUCUGAUGGAACAUUUACAAGGACAGCAUACAAUUUGCAUAAAACACAUUGUGACCUCCCUGGUGUACCUUCCAGUCUCUCAGUUCCCUGGGUCCCGUUAGAUCCCAGUCUCCUAUUACCUUAUCAUAUCCACCAUGGAAGAAUACCUUGUACCUUUCCACCUAAAUCGCUGGGCCCCACCAUGCCAUCAAAGAUUGGAGUAACAAGAAUGCCUUCCCGGGGCCGCAGGAAUCCAGUUUCCAUGGAAACCAAAAGCAGCUGUUUGCCUGCUCAGCAAAUUGAAAGUGAAGGAGUGGCUCCCAGUAAAAGAAAAAUAACUUGAGGAUGAAGAUGAAAAUUUAAAAACCAGUUGUAACAAUGCUUAAUUUUGAAAAG